GAGCAAAUUUUCUCAAUAUACUGGCUAAAAACUAAAUAUACUGAGACUAUUGCUGGAACAAAAGUAUAAGGAACUGAACGAGAUGCAAUUUGAAAAUCUACUGCUGCUGUCAGUAGUGUUGCUAAUAAAAAAAACAGAAGGCAAUGGAAUUUGUUCAACAUCAACGGACUGCUCUGAUAAUUUUGGUCGCAGGCAAGCUCAGAGUCGUGCUGAGUGCUGUGCUGGAGGUGGAGUUGCAUACAACAUUGAUGGAAGUUGUGUGGAUCUAAUGUGUCCUACCACCAUCGCCGGUUGCUAUGCAGGAAAUGAGUGCAGUGGAGCCACCAUUCCUUUAACCUCGACUGGGUCAGCUGCUGCUCAAGUCAGAGAGUGCUGUCUCAACACGGCCGGUCUCUCUUACAACCUACUGGGAGAAUGCAUCAAGUGUGUCACAUUUGGUUUUCUGGAAACGAGGCUUGAAGCUGUUGAGGGAGGGCGGAGGUAUCCUAUUGAAAUUGGGUACAUCAAACCCCCCACUACCUCCACCAUCAUCAGAGGAGACAUCACUAUAACUAAAGGUGGCACUGCAGAUCUGGAGCAGGACUUUCAACUCAGCUCUACAAGGUUUACAAUUAGCCCAACUUUGAACUCUAUGAUAUUCGUCAGGUUUCGAGUGGACAGAAUUGCUCAAGAACCAGUGGAAACUGCCCAACUUGGACUGAGUGUGUCUGUGAGAGCCCUUCCUCGCUUUGCAUUGGUCCAGGACAGAUUUGACCUGAUCAUCAUUGAUAAUGAUGCUGUGGUCUUCCAGCUGACUAAUAAUGAAUACAGAUCCAGUGAAAAUGAGCUGUUCAUUAACGCUAAAGUGAGCAAGAAUAUACGUAUCGCCAGUCCAGUUGUGUUACUCCUAACCCCACACACUAUUGAUGAGGCAUUAGCAGUUGGUAUACCUUCAUUGCCAAAUGUACCACCUGAUAACAACACACGUUCUCCUAACCGUGCUCGAAUAACUGAAGAUCGACGUGACUUCUCAACAGAUUUAAUUACAGUAAGGUUUGAAGCUGACCAGACUGGACCUCAGGUGAAUGAGGUUACUGCAUCAGUGCCUAUUGUCGAUGAUGACAUAGAUGAGGCACCAGAGGAAGUUUUUAUGAUCGAUUUGACACUACUCUCGUCUAUCAAUGCCUUAAUUCGUAUCAACCGUCGAAGUUCCCUCUGUAUUAUAAAUGACAAUGAUGACUUACAAAUUGGUUUCCAGAAUGCCAGCUACACAUUCCAGGAGCCUCAAUUUGAAGAGGAGAUAAGCGGUGUUGUGUUCUUAGAGAAGCAAGGUGGUCAAAUCUCUGAGCAAAGAUAUGUAGUCAUUAUUGAAAUGAAUCAAGCCACACCCAAUACAAACAUACAACCAGCCACCCUAUCCACUGUCAAUGCUGACAAUGACUAUGUAGUUCGUUACCCUGGUGAUUAUGAAAUUAUAUUGGAGUUCGGCCCGAAUGAACAACGCUUGGACUUCCCCUUUAUAUUGUUCCCCGAUGAUGUGGCUGAGGGUACUGAAGCUUUUCAAGCGUCCAUCCAGCCUUCUGAAAAUCCUCUUCACCCAGCUUUUAUUGACCCCUCUGCUGGCGUACUGUAUUCCUCCACAUAUAUACAUAUCAUUGAUUAUGACUCUUUCUUUGUUGGAUUUGAAGGGGACUACACUGUUAGUGAGGACGUUGGCUCUUUUGAAGCUUGCUUCGGAGUUUUAAAGACACCAGAAAGUGAAAAAUUCAAUUUAAGUCUUGACCUAGUGGUGAUUUCAAUUGAUGGAUCAGCAAUAGGAGGUGCUGACUUUGUUGCUAUCAGAGCAGCAGACUUAGACGUCUAUGAAACUCUGAGCAGUGAUAGACAUCGAGCUUGUUUUAAUGUGACAAUAAACUUUGACAAAACUUUGGAAGGCAAUGAAAGUUUCUCCUUGUUCCUCCUAUUUGAUGAGUUUGUGUCAUAUGAAGUAAGAACCCAAGUGAAUAUACAACCAAGUGUUGUCCAUGUGAAUAUCUUGGAUGUUACACCUCUAGAUACUCCAUCAUUGAGUGUUGGUGCAGUACUUGGUGGUGUGAUUGGAUCGCUGACUAUUAUAUUAGUCGCCGCAAUACUUUUUAGUGUUGUUUUGGUGGUUAUUGUGAGGUAUUGGAGGAGAUACAAAUCUAAAGAACCAAGUAUCAACAAUAAUUCAUCUGAAAUGCAGUCGGAUAUUGGUCUAAACGAACUCCCUAAUCAUGACUAUGAUUACAUUCCUGCGGUACAGUUGAAGAGUAACACUGGAAAUCCUCCUACAACAAAGAAAAAAGUGUCAGAGGUGAAGUUUGAAGUAACCCCGUGUGAGGCUUAUGGACCUGUGUCUGCGGAUGAAAAUACUUUACAUAACUAAGUAACAGUUAGACCUGUACAUGUAAACAGGAUACUGAAACUGAUAGAUUUAGUAGUGAACUAAUUUCCCGGAAGACAUUUUUGUUGUAUAUUGCCAUGUAUUAUAGCUACUGCCUCUAUACCCAUGUAUAUAUAAUAGCAUUCAUGGUCAAGGCUAAACCAUGAUAAGUUGUGGCUUC